AUGACAGCCCUUCCGGCUAAUCACCAGGUCACAACAGUGAACAAAAAGUGGAGGAUUAAUGCCAAGAUCGAUAAAUCAUCACUCAGACCGGAAGUGAGAAGCUUCUGUGCCCAGUACCCUGUUUUCAGCCUUUAUGAGUACACACCUGAUUCAAUUGCGGUGGAGAUGGAGCAUCUAGGAGGUAAGUAUUUAUUUUAGCCCGUCGUUGGAAAGCUCGAGGAAGAACUGUUCAACUUUCACUGAAUUCUCCAACUGAGGAUAGUUCUUUAAUUUGCUCACAGUUUUCCUUUUUUUUUACACAGUGAGAUCCAAACGCCAGGUGGUAUUUAACGAAUUUGAUUUGUGUGGCCAAACCAAACCUCCUUGUAGAUUUACAGCAUGGAAACUUAGAUGCAAAUUCACAACUUCCAAUUGCGUGUAUUUCUUUACAUGCAGGCAGAACGUUAGGUUAAAAAACGAAUAUAUGUGA